UGUCCAUGGUCUUGGUGCUCUUCCCUCCUGGCCACUGUCAGGUUGUAGUUCAUCCCAUGCCUGAAGGAGCCAGUGGGGACAAGGGGGUAUUUCAGGUGGGACAAAGCAUCUUUUUAGAAGCAGUUUUUAUGCCUCUUUAAAAGGUUUCAAGGUUUGUUUAAGAUAUGAGUUUUGGCAGUGAAGAGAGUAGGUUAAAAGGCCGGCUGAAUUUUGGUGCAGCAUGUUGGAAAAAAUAGCAAGACUUUUCUGAGGAAUAUGGGUGGUUUUGGUUUAGUUUUGGUUUAAUAACAGGCAUAGGAGGAAAUGGAAAAUACCUUAAAACUUCAUUGCAACUUUUUUUGAAAGGAGAUGUUUCAUCUAGGAAAUAUAGAUUUUUCAAGAGAGCAAAUGUAAGCACGAAAGAAGGGGGAAAAUCAAAUACAUAAAAGGAAAUCAAGAGCAGGUGUGGAAGAGUGAAGACCUAAAGCACUGGAAAAAAAGACUUCACAAGCAGAACUUAAAUUAGGCUUUUAACACAGAUUUUCAUCUAUUCAUGAUGUGCCCUAAAUUUUGUUACGUUUCUGAGGAAAGCAGCUCAUAGCUCUGUUGAUUUUCAGACGGUAAAAAGGCUGUGAUUUCAGACUGAUGUUGUCAGAUUUGUCUGGAAUUAGCAGUAAUUGGUGAAGCUGAGGCAAAUUCUACAAAUUGCACCACCCACUCUGCUGUUUGCUGCACGUAUGGGUUUGUUUUCUGAUGUGUCUCCUGCUGAGAGUUCACAGAAGAUGCCGUGCCGGUAGGUGACAUCUUCAGGCCUGGAGAUGGGCAGGUAGGGCAGAGGUAGCGAUUGCUCCUGGAUAAAGAUCCUGGUGGAAUGAGACAGCUGACAGUUUUCAAACAAGUUAGUAGGUCAAAUUAAAGCAAAGCUCUCAGCUGGCUCAUUGCCUCGUCUUCACAGCAAAUAUGCUUGGAUUAAGAAUAUUGGUUUUUGCCUCCUAAUGAGGAUUUAGCCUCUGUUACAAAAUCAGAGUAUCAAAAAAAAUUCAUGCCACUGUAACAGGUAUAAUAAUAUUUUGGAUGAAUUCAAAUCCUUGCAAUUAUUAUUCCAGCUCAAGCUAAAUUAAAUUUAACAACACAAAGAGUAGGUUCUGGAGGAAUGUAAAUCUCACUUCAGGCUUUGAUGAAUCCAUAUUAGUAUUUUUGGGUGGAAAGAGACAUAAUGAAGUCAUGACUGCUUGGAAAAAUACUAAAGAUUAGCUAUGCCUCACUUAAAGGGAAAUUAUUUUGAUCCACAGCUUUUACUUCAGUUUAAUAACCUCUACAAAUUGUUCUGAAUGACUCUUGAAAAAUAUAAUUUCUGCAGAAUUUAAGUUGGAACCAUUUUGUGACUGAAUAUUUUACCAGGUCCUGUGGACUUCAUAUGCCACUUGUACAUCUGCCUUUUCUGUGCACCAGGAGGAGUGUGAAAGAUGCUGACCUACUUUACAACAAGGCAAAACAGAUUUAGCAAAUAAUUGAAAAAUAAAUCCUUCUCUUUCAGAAUCAUUAUUGCAGAACAACGGAGCAAUAUUUGAAGCUUAAAGACUCUAGAUUUUAAUUUAAUUGUAUUUUUAAUUUAGAAAAACACUUGAAAAAUGAAGACUCUGCAUUCAGUGGGGAAAUUAUGCAAUAUCUUGAGGAUACUGUUGCUGCUAUUAAGGAACUGGAAGAAAUUCGAAGGUAUACCAUCGAAUGCCUAGAAGAGGAGACUAUAAAAAACAGCAAUCUUCGCUUCAGAGUGCGGAAUUUUCCAGGAGAGAUUAUGGCAGAGAUGGCAGCUCUUGUUGCUGCUGCACGAGAAUCUAGCACUGCUAAGAUAAAUCAGCUGCAGUCUGCACUGAAAAGCAUUACUGAUGAAAUUGCAUUACUGGAGGAGAAGGAAACGCUUUGUGAAAGGCAGCAUGAUGCACUAUGUGAGGAGCUGCAAUACUUGCGGAAACAGUAUAAAGAAAUAGUAGACUCGCUGAAUGAAAAGAUAGCAGUGAAAAUUAACACCAAUGUUCUCUUAAUUGAAACUUGUGAUAAAAUAAGAGAUACCGAAAAAGAAAUAAUCGGGGCAAAGGCAGCCUUAGCAGAAUUGCAAGAACAAAUACCUGAAAAAAUAAGUAAACUUGAGAAAGCGCUAGAAGAAUGUGAUAAAAAGAAGAGAGAAAUGAAAAUAAUCCGUGAUACUCAGCAAGCAGAAACUUCCAAGAAAAAGCAAGAAUUUGAAAACCUGAAUGUAAAACUUUUGGACCUACAGCCUUUGAUAAGUCGGAAUUCAACAGCUAUAUCUAAUGAGGAAAGUCGCAUUGCAAAGCUGAAAGAAAAAAGCAAUAAACUAGAAAAAAAACUGGAAUUGGAAAAGAAAAACAUGCUGGCACUCUCAGAAAAGAAAAUUCAGCUUGAGUCUGAGUUAUUUCAUUUACAAUCAAAAUAUGCCCAAGAAAAGGAGGAUUUUGAUAAGGAACUUCGAAAGACUAAGGAAGAUCUACACAAUGCUAAAUGUUUGAAUAAAAAACUUAGGUUAGAAAAUGAAGCUGCACGCCAAAAGUAUGAACAAUUACUGGAAGAAGAACGAGACUGGGCUAUAGAAAGAGAUGAGGUGGUGGCCAAAUUGGGGGAAUUAUCUCCUUCAUUGAAUGGAAAGCUUCAACUUCUGGAAGAUAAGAAGAUGGAAGAGAAAAACCUAGAGAAGAAAAUUGAAAAUCUUGAAGCCAGACUACUAAAUAUGCGGAAGACCUGUGCAGAAAAGCUUGCAUCUCUAACAGAAGAUUUGAAGACAGAAAAUAAGAGGAGAAUAACACUUCGGUGGAAGCUACUGUACUUAGCAAUGCAGAGAAAACUCUUUUUCUCAGAGGAGGAGAAUAUAAACAGAAAAAUUAACGAAAAAACAGAGGCUGUCAAAAAAAGACACGCUGAACUACUUCUGGAGAUUGAAGAUGUUGAGAAAGAGAUUUUUCAGACUGAAACCAAAAUCAAAGCCCUGACUGAAGAAGCAAGUAAGAGGGAAAAUUAUUACAAGAAUUAUAACGAGGAUUUUGCUAACAAAAUAAAAAGGCUGGAGAAUGACAUCAGAACCGCAACUGAAAACCUGCUUAAAAAAGAACAAGAAUUAAACACAAGCAGGCUAAUCUUGGGAGAAGCCCAGAGAGAAAUGGAACAGAAGAAAGCGGAAUGUGAAGAACUGAAUAAAUCAGUUGCAGAAAAGCAAAACGAAGAGGUAGGACUCAAAAGAGCCAUUCAGCAGUCAAUUGAAACCACUGAGAAGCUCAAGGAGGACACGCUGGAGCUGAGGAGCAAACUGCGGAUGAAGCGUGAUGCUGCGAUUGACCAGCUGACAGACCACACAGAGAGUAUGAAGCUGCUGGAACGAGACAUCUACGAGAUCAACAGGAAAACUGACCUUGUGAACACCGAGAACUGCCGGCUCAAAUUACGCAAUGCUCAGAUGAAAGAAGGUAUUUUUGCAAUGAAUUCUGAAGCAGAACACCACAAGUCAGCAACAGUCGAAAUCCUGAAUGACCUAGCAGUGCUUCACGAUCUUCUUCUGAAGGGAUCGUUGGAGGAGAGCUUUAUUGAAAAGGAAUUUCUGGAGAAUGAGCAGGAAAUACAGAAGGCAGUGGCAGCUCUAACAACCAAAUUUCAACGACGAGAGGAAAAGAUCGGCGAUAUUAACAGCAGGCUAGAACAUAAGCUGGAAGGACUGACCUCUCUGUUUGAUGAAAAAUCUAGAAUAGAUGAUCACUGUUUUGCGGAAGGCUAAAGCACUGGAGGGCAGCAGGAAGGUCCGUGUUCUGGUCUCCUGUGCAAGAUCCACGGGGCACGCUGCCUUCCUGUGAGCUCUGCUUGUAACGGAAUCCUUUGUUCUGCAGCCCUUAAAAUUAUUAAGACCUGUCAAAAGAUGUACUUUUUACUACAGCUAAUGUUACCUGGGGGUUGUUGUUACUUUUCUUUUUAAAAACAAGAUUUAGCCCAACAUUUAAACCCAAUACAUAUAGUCUGUACACAGGAACACACAUAAACUGCCCAGUACCACACCUUUGCAAAGGGUUUUUCCUGCAUGGUGCUGCGCUGGCUCUGCACGUACUGACGUGACAGCUGUGCAAAUGUAGACACAAAACUGUGUGUAGGACAUUUUAAAGAAAAAUAUGCCUAUAGCUUGGUCAGAAAUGGUAUUUUAACACCUGACUUUUAAAACCAUACUUUUGGAACUGUUCUCUAGAUUAAUGUGUCUGCAAAUUACAUUUUGUGCACGGCAGUAUGGACAGAAUUUGACUUCCUUAAGGAGAUGGAUUACUUCCUUAAUCCCUAAGUAAAACCUUACUUUCACAUGCAAGACCGAGCUUGUUUGCAGACUGUAUUUAACAGCAGUGAACCUGUCAAUUGGCGUUUCGCAGAAGAAAGCUGUCAGGAAGGCGUAUCAGAUGUCAUGAUAUUAAACGAGGAGAGCGACAUCUCGAGGCAGCCUGGCCACGAUGCCCCUGAAAGCCCCAGAGCUGCUGGCAGGCUCUGGCUUUAGCAGCACUGGUAGGUAGUAGAAUAAAAACCACAUUACUGGUACACUAAAAUAUAGGAAUAUACAGCCAUUUGCGCUGCUACAGCCACUUAUCCUUACAGUAAGAAGAGUUUAAUGUGAGGUGAUCUUCCUUUUACUCUUCCCUUUGUUUAGCCCUUUAGCACUGCUCUGCAUCUUCUUCUAGACCCCCUGUAGCACUAAGUUACGGUCACUAAUAUGCAGGAUGCACUUUGGGAAUCUUCCUCUACAAUACAGAGAGAAGACCAGAGUCUGUCAGUGCAUAUUUUGCUUCAGCAAGGCCAAAACUACACUGUAAAUGGCUGCAGAAGUUUUAACAAUUCUUAUCAAAGUGUUCACAUAAAGAUUUUUAUGAAAGUAGAGCAGAGAAAAUAGUAUCUCUUUAUAGGAUAAUAAAUCUCCAGUU